CUUAAUUAAAUGAAACUUUCUACAUUUUUUUUUAAUGUGAGUUUGUUGUUCUGCUGUAAAAAAAAGAAAGAGGGAAAGGAAAAUAUGUACCAGUGAAAGAGAGUUUAGGAAAGUAUUUCCCUCCCCCUCUUGCUAGUGGAAUGGUUCCUUCCCCCUCUGGAAUCAUCAUCCACUCUGAUUCCAAGACUUUUUUGUGUGUGAGGGAGAGAGGGAGAGAGCAAGAAAACCGAGGCUUUCUGUGGGAACGAAUUUAAUCAUCAAGGAACGAGAUAUCAGCCCCUUUGUGCGGGAUAUGGUUUGGAAAGACACUGACAAGCAGCGGCAAAAGGGACCUUAGGAAAGAAGCCAAUCUACUAACCAUCUAAGCCCGGGAGCAGGCAGGCAGAGAGCAUGCUUUUUCUUUUUAUCUGGAUAUUCUCUUUACCGGACACACUUUCACAAGGUGUCCAGCCUCGAUUUAUCCAUGAGCCAGCUGACCAGACGGUGGUUGCAGGGCAGAAGGUUGUGCUGUCUUGUGUUGUGCUAAACUACUCUGGCAUUGUACAGUGGACCAAAGAUGGGCUAGCCCUGGCAUUGGGACAAAAUCAGAAAAUCUUUCCCAGGUAUAAAGUAAUUGGAAAUACUGAAUCUGGGCAGUAUAACCUGGAGAUAACCAACGCCAGCAUUUUUGAUGAUGCCAUUUUUGAGUGUCAGGCCACCGAAGCUGCGCUCCGCUCUCAAACAGCCAAGCUGACUGUAUUAAUUCCCCCAGAAGAUCCAGUGAUAGACGGUGGUACAGAAAUCCUGCUGACUGCUGGGACACCACGCAACCUGACCUGCCGUGCUCGAAACGCCAAACCAGCAGCAUCUAUUGUUUGGUUCCGUGAUGGGAAUCAGCAAGAAGGUGCAAUCACCAAUAUGGAAAAAUUAACUGACGAAAAGUGGGAAACCACCGUUAGCUUUCUGUUGAUUGUUCCAACUGAUCAGGAUAUUGGACGAGUGUUCACAUGUAGGACUUCCAAUGAAGCCAUUCCAUCUGGGAAGGAAACAUCUGUCAGACUAAAUGUACACCAUCCCCCAACUGUUACUCUGUCUAUUCAUCCGCAAACUGUGCAGGAGGGGGAACGUGUUCGAUUCACCUGCACUGCUACAGCCAAUCCUGCUAUUAAGGGCUACAGGUGGGCUAAAGGAGGAAUGAUCAUCGAGAAUGCAAAGGAGAGCGUGUUUGAAACGCAAGUGGAUUACACUUACUUCACGGAGCCAGUCUCGUGCGAGGUGCACAAUGAAGUGGGCAGCACUAAUGUCAGCACUCUUGUGGAUGUUCAAUUCGCCCCUCGCCUUGUUGUCGAACCAAAACCGUCCACAACAGAUAUGGGAUCCGACGUGACUCUUACUUGCAUUUGGGCUGGAAACCCUCCUCUGACCCUGACAUGGACCAAAAAAGGAUCAAAUAUGGUGUUGAGCAAUAGUAACCAGCUGUUCUUAAAGUCAGUGAGCCAAGAGGAUGCUGGGCAGUAUGUCUGUAAAGCCAUAGUCCCACGCAUUGGAGUUGGAGAGAAAGAUGUGACAUUAUUUGUUAACGGUCCUCCAAAGAUUGCUAGCGAGGAGGUGCAGUAUGCAGUGCGUGGGGACAAAGGAAAAGUGGAAUGCUUUAUAGGAAGCACCCCACCUCCAGAUCGCAUUGCCUGGGCUUGGCAAGAAAAAAUUUUAGAGACUGGAACCCUGGAGAGGUAUACUGUAGAACGGACCAACACAGGCGAUGGUGUCUUGUCCACACUCACUAUAAAUAACGUCAUGGAGGCUGACUUCCAGACCCGCUAUAACUGUACAGCGUGGAAUACCUUUGGGCCAGGCACAGCAAUCAUCCAGCUUAUGGAGAGAGAAGUGGUACCUGUGGGAAUCAUUGCUGGGGCAACCAUUGGAGCUGGGAUUCUGGUCAUCGUUUUCUUUGUUUUUUUCAUCUUCUUCCUCUACAGACGUCGUAAAGGGAGCCGUAAGGAUGUCAAUCUGCGAAAGCUCGAUAUCAAAGUUGAAACUGUGAACCGCGAGCCCCUUACAUUACACUCUGACCGAGAAGAUGACACUUCUAGUGUUUCCACGGCUACUCGAGUCAUGAAAGCAAUCUAUUCGUCAUUUAAGGAUGAUGUGGACCUCAAGCAAGAUCUGCGAUGUGACACCAUUGACAGAGAAGAGUACGAGUUGAAGGAUCCAACCAAUGGUUACUACAAUGUCCGGGCCCAUGAUGACAGACCAAAUUCCCGGACUGUGCUGUAUCAGGAUUAUCGUACACCUGGGCCGGCACGAUUUGAUGCACGCCCUUCUUCCCGCCUUUCUCAUUCAAGUGGUUAUGCCCAACUCAACACAUACAGCCGGGCGCCUGCCUCAGAUUAUAGUACAGAUCCAGCUCCCACUGUAACUCCAGCCACAACAGAUACUACCAGCCAGCUGUCAUAUGAAAAUUAUGAAAAGUUUGGGACGCAUGGUUUCCCAUCUAACUCUGGCUACCCCACUUACCGCCUCGGCUAUACACAGCCAACCACCACAGGUAUGGAUCGAGGCCCAUAUGAUACAUUUGACCCAGUAGGAAAAUUCACGAGUGCCACACGAUUUUCAUAUACAUCCCAACAUUCCGAUUACGGGCAGAGAUUUCAGCAGAGGAUGCAGACGCACGUCUGAGGAUGGACAAACAAGACUGAUGGGAUUAUUGGGGUAAAGCAGAGAGGAAGUGAAUCUUCUCUAAAAUGACACCAUAAGAUGAGAGGGGACUCCAGGAGGAGUAAUGGCCUCUCAAUAUGUCUCCUGAUACUCAGGGACCCUUAUCUCUUGACCCUAGAAGUCCCUUAAGAUACCAGCCACAGUUGCCAAGCCAGGCAGAGCCUUGAUGCCAAACAGGCUGGCCAAUAAGCACCUGAUCAUUCCUUGAGUACCACUGAUUUUGCCAUUGGGAGCAUGGCAAUUGGUAUGACUAAGAGCUAACUUGGUAAUGGUGAAGCUUUUGUCUCCACCAACACUUUUGAUGAGUCCCUGCAGCCGCUCUCUUGGGGCACAUUAUUGUUUUAGAUCUCUCCUCAGUUGCCACAGUUGUUUCUCCAUCACUAAAAAUAGGUAUCUAUACCAGAAUGUAGGAGGGUGUUUAUAUCCACACAUUCCAGCUUCUGGGAGUGCAGAGAGGGACAAUGUAAUGUAACGCAUGCUAUGUAUGGUUUCAUUAUUUCUCUUAUUCUAGAGCAGGCCUCAAAAUGUUGUUGUACACAGAGCCAUUUAAAUAGUAUCUGCUGGAAAAAAUGAGUAAUGAAGAAUUGGACAAUCAGAAAAAUGUUUUUUUUUUGUUUUGCUUUUUUAAUUUUGUAAUUAACCCCCUUUGAUUGCACUUGCUUGAGGAAAACCUCUAUUCUAUUGGAGCUUUGAAAGCUGAUAUGCUUUGUUCUCUAAUAACAAGGUCAUGGGCAAUAAUUACUAAGAGCUGCUAAGCUACAAGACACCUUACGUGCCCAGAUAUGUGAAUGGGUUAUAAAGUGCCUUAUGCCUUUGCGCUACUUAGUAAGCAUAAAUGUUUUUGUAGAAGAGGAGGGGGCAAUGGUGUGAAGGAAAACAGUAUUCCAAUUGUAUAAUUUAACCUUUCAUCCUUGAGGAGCUCUAAGGUGGCAUAUUUUUGCAUGGCUUUUAGCUUUAUCUCAGCCAUAUCCUUUUCUAUUUACUUAACUUUUUUUUUUUUUUUUACAUUAUGGCACUAAGGAUGUUGUACGUCUAAGACUCCAGCAUAUACCAAUGGCUGAGAAAAUACUCAGGGAUGAAUGGGUUAAGCAUAUUAUGAAAAAUGAAGGCCCAUAAAAUUAACCAGUAUACUGCUUUGAAUUUUCUUCUGGUAUACCAUAGUCACAUUAAAGAACAUUGUAUGUCAUUAGUUUAUUUAAAUAAUUGUAAGUUAUCCUGUGCCAAGAUUCCUUAAGUUUAAAUUGUCCAACAACAAGAGUGCUAGUAGGUAAUGUCAUAUAAGAUGUUAGAUGAUACAUACGUUCAUACAAUGCUGAAAAAAGUGAAUUUUUUGUUUACUACAUAUUUGGUUUAUUACAUAUUUGUUGAUUAACAUGUUCCAUUGAAUCCAUAAUGUCAUCUCCCCAUAGGGUUUGAAGCAUGUAGUCAAAGUGUUUAAUGGAUUAGAAACCUUCAAAAGGGACCAUUUGGAGAAUCACACAUUGUUGUAUCCACUGUGGGGGCUUUACAACCAAGUUAAAUUAUGCUUAUUAAUUAGAAGGAUUACAUAAAUGUAAAGGAUGGGAUAAAAACAGCCACGUGAGAUUAUUAUUUUUCUCUAGAAAGAUUGUUAGCAUAAAUUACAGGGUUAUAUUAAUAUUAAAGCAGUAUGGCUAUGGAAUUAGUGCCAUAUCUUAGUUAUAAUUUAAUGCCAUUCAAACUACCAGCUUUUUAGGUACUUGCCAUUUUGUAUGUAUAAGGUAAAGGUAAGCUAAAAUAAAUAAAAAAAAGUAGACACCACUUUUUAGAUUACAUUUCACUUGUAAUUGUAGUAGCUAUUCUUGAAGAACUGGAAAAUUUGCAAUCAAUAUACAGGUUCAUCAAGUAGACCAGGAGCAGCCAAAUGGUGGUCCGUUGGCUACAUGUUUGCAGCCCCUUGAAUAAGCAGAACUACGAAUUUGUGAUUUGGGGACUUCAUAUGCAAACAAGGUCGGCUGUAACUUACAAGUGUACUCUAGAUUGAGGAAGGGUAAAGAGCAGACAGAGGGUGCAGUGCAACCUUACCUUAACCUAGCGUUGCGUACCUGGGCAUUUUUAGGAAAUAUGUUAUUUGUGCAUUUUAUAAAUCUGUAUGUGGUCCUUUAGACUCCUAAAACAUCAGUCUGUUGCCCUCUUGUGUAAAAAGUUGGUUGUCUGUAGUAGGCCACUGAUACCCAGAGAUAAGAGUUUAUAUCUAUAUUUAUUGUUUUCUGGAGUUCAUCAUAAGCAUAAUGUUUUGUUUUUUUCAUGUUUUAUUACCUGUGUGUCUUAAGAUACAAGGUUUUUCCUUUACAGGGAUGUGUGAUUUUAAACAAAGAAAAUGAGCAGAGAUUAUAUAACUGUAUAACUAUUUUCCUACUGCUAUUGUACCCCCCUCAUUUGUUAUAUAAAAAAAGCAUCUAAGCUUGUAUGAUAAUUAUA